AUGCUGCAUAGUUCGGAUGGAUUCGUUUGGAGGGGCCGCAUUCCGACGCCCGCAGUUUCCCUGAAUAGCCGCCCCGCCCGCAUUUCCCACGGGUUCGUUGGCAAUGAACGCGCGGGCAUUUCAACGCGAUGCCGCAUCGCAAAAGAGUUUUUACGAAAACUCAUUAGCCAACAAGUGCUCGAAACUAUUGGCCCGAACCGGUUGCGGAUAGCGCGAUCGCGGCGCGCAAAAAGCUCACUCGGCGUGGGUCGCAAGUUGCACCUACUGCACUCC